GGCGGCUGCUGUUUAUGUGCAGCUGUGGGAGUGAGCGGAGAGAGAGGAUCGCGUUCUGCAAGGAGACUGCCUUGAGACUGCACGGGCAGCUGCUCAGAAAGAGAAAGAGAGAGAGAGAGAGAGAGAGAGAGAGAGAGAGGCUAGUACAGCAGGACUUGCAGAGCCUGAGAUUCCAAAAGACAGCUGUAACAGGGAGAGACUGCAGCACUAUGCAUUACAGAGCGACUGCAGCUGAAGAUGGGAGCGCAGAGAGCGAUUGCUGAUGUAUAGCAGAUCUACUGGAACACAGGGAGACUGCUGAUGUAGAGAGAACGCACAGGUAGGGCAGGGUGCUAAAGAAACUGUCUGACAAGACACCCGACAAAAAAACUCUACUGCUAUAUGAGGGAGAUGCUAGAGACAUUCCUCGUGUUUGGAGGAGACUGCCCAGGUAUAUCUGGGAGCUGGCACAGAGACAGCACUGACAGACCCAGCCACAACAUGUUAGUGACUGCUGGAUAAGGGAGUUGCUUUAAGGAAGAGACUGCCCAGGUAAGGGGAACUGUCAGAGAGACACCAGUGACAGACAGUGAGCAUUUAAAAGCAGAAAGUAAAGACGGAAACUGCUGAUGCAGAAGAGACUGCAGGCAAGGGUGCAGGGAGUCUGCAGGAAGAUGGAUUAAUUCUGUGCUCUGUUAACUAACAACCAUAUUGAUAAUGUACAUCUAGCUUCGAGAUUCAGCAUUGAGCUGACUCGGGGUUGUUAAAGUGAAGGAAGGCUGCAGGCAGGGGCCAUGGAAAGGGGAGACUGAGCCUUACAGUUGUAUACAUUGAGUUUAGGGACCUCACAUACAUGGAGAGAACAGCACCCACUGAUACCUUUCACAGUCACUACUACCACUGUGUGAGUGGGGUAAAGGGAUUCCCAGCUCAUCCCCCAGACAAUAUGAUGUGGCUGUAGGGAGCAUGAGCAGCGGGGGACAGACCAUUGCUAGAAAAUCAGGGGCCAGAGGUGUAGGGCAGAGCAUCUCUAAACAGGUUCCAAGAGCUAAAGUUCCUAGAGACGCAGGGAAUGGAGCAAGAAGAAGCUGCCUCAGAGUCAGUGACAGAGGUUUCUUUGCUGGACAGAAGAUGUUUAAGCAGGAACUGCCCAAAGGCACAUCUGAUGCCCCAGGGGAGAUGAUAGUCACAGGGGUACCCAGCAACAAAGCUAAUGGUGCAGGGUAUAGCAAACUAAGGCCUCAAGCAAACAACAUAGGUAUCUGCUCAGGAGAGAAGAACUUCAGUCAACCACCAAAGGACACACCAAAUAUCAUAAAUCAGAAUGGCACCAGAGCUUUUCCCAAGGGUACAUCCAAUGGUUCUGUUCAGAGAAUCAUCAGAGAGACGGGUACAUCUAAUGGUACAGGCCAGGCACUCACAACCAAUGGGGCAGUCCAAGAAGUCCAGAGAGAUAAGGGCACAUUUAAUGUACCAGCCCAUGGAAUUAUUGGUGACACACCCAAGAGCCUAGUUAAUGGCCUAUCUGGAGUUUGGCCUCACAGUUCCAACCACAGAGUCAUUCCCAGAAGACAUGGAGACAACCAGCAAGUUUCUUUGGCCUAUGGAACAAGCCUUGGGCACUGGACGCUCGCCUUGCCUGUUGUCUUGGCCACCCUUUGUUUUGCCAGGUCAAUUUUAGGAGAAUUUGUCCAUGAUGAUGUUUGGGCGAUUCUCAACAAUCCAGAUAGCCGGGGGGAGACACCACUGAGUACCAUCUUCCAAAAUGACUUCUGGGGCAAAGCCAUGAAUGCCAACACCAGCCACAAGUCCUAUCGCCCUCUGUGUGUGCUCAGCUUCAGAAUCAACGUCUUUCUUGGAGGCCUGAAUGCAAUUUAUUUUCAUGCCGCCAAUAUCAUCUUACACGCAGCCGUCAGCUCGCUGCUCAUGUACACCUGCGUCACGGCUGUGUUUGAAGAUAAGAGACUGGCGUUGGCCGCUGCUUUGCUCUUCUCAGCUCACCCCGUCCACACGGAGGCUGUAGCUGGGAUCGUGGGCAGAGCUGACGUUCUCUCCUGUUUUCUCUUCCUUCUAACUUUCCUCUCCUACAUUAGGAGUGUGGAUGUCGGGCAGUCUCGCCACAGCUUUCCCCCCACUUCAUCUCCUCUGUUCUUGCUGCUGAGCCUGAUUCUCGGUACCUGCGCUGUUUUGGUGAAGGAGACGGGGAUCACGGUUUUUGGGGUGUGCCUGGCCUACGACUUCCUGUUCCUGUGCCCAACCAGAUGCAAAAGAUGCCCUUCUCCAGACCACCCCGCAAGCCGCUGGUAUGUGGCCGGUCCCUUCCUGAAGAGAGCGGCUCUGGUUUCCUUCUAUGUCUCCUUGGUUUUAUAUUUCCGCCUGCGAAUCAUGGGAGGCUCCAUGCCAUUGUUCUCGGAACAAGACAAUCCGGCUUCCUUCUCACCUUACCUUCUCACCAGGUUCCUGACCUACUCGUACCUCCUGGCUUUCAACGCCUGGCUUCUACUGGCCCCCAUCACUCUGUGCUAUGAUUGGCAGGUUGGAAGUAUCCCACUAAUCCAUUCUAUAUGGGAUGUAAGAAAUUUAGCGACUUUGCUGUUGGUGGGCAUCCUAGGAUUGCUGGCCUUACACUGCUUGGCAUCUGUAAAGCAGAGGGCGCCAAACAGAGAAGUCCUGGUGGGGCUGUUGUUCCUGCUCUUCCCAUUCAUACCUGCUUCUAACCUGUUCUUCAGGGUGGGCUUUGUGGUUGCUGAACGAAUUCUCUACAUGCCCAGCAUGGGGUUCUGCAUUUUGUGUGUACAUGGUCUGAAGGUUCUACAGUCUCACAUGAGCCAACGCCGGUCCCUUACCUUGAUGCUCUGCUUCCUGGUUCUUCUGCUCCUCUUCUCCUGUAAAUCUGUAUCCCAGAGUGAGUGCUGGAGAUCACGAGAAGCUCUCUUCAGAUCCGGUGUCCAGACCCUGCCACACAAUGCUAAAGUGCACUACAACUUUGCCAACUUCUUGAAGGACCAAAGCCGCAAAAAUGAAGCCAUUAUGCACUACAAGACUGUGCUGAGACUGUACCCAAAACACCCCAGUGCUCUCAAUAACCUCGGCACCCUGACCGCUAACACGACUGAGGCUGAGGAAUACUACCGUAAGGCCCUGAUAAUCAGCCCACAGCACAGCAGGGCCCUCUUCAACUUGGGCAACCUUAUGAGGACUCAAGGUCAGAAUAAUGAAGCAGAACUGCUGCUCAGGGAGUCCUUGCUUCAUGGUCCAUACUUUGGAGAUGCUUAUUCCAGCCUUGGGUCUUUGCUGGCUGAUCAGAAGCGGUAUGAGGAAGCUGAGGAUGUGUAUCAGGCUGGAAUCAAAAGCUGUCCUGAGAACUCGGACUUGCAGAACAACUAUGGAGUAUUCUUGGUAGAUAUGGAAAAACAACAAAAAGCCGUGUCUCAUUACCUCCGUGCCCUGCAGCUUCGACCUGACCACCACGUGGCCAUGCUGAACUUAGGACGUCUCUACCGUUCACUUGGGCAGAACAAGGAGGCUGAGUUGUGGUACAGAAAGGCUCUGCAGAUCUCUCGUGAGGUGGAUGUUAUCUCACCCCUUGGAGCCCUACUUUAUAAUACAGGGCAAUACGAGGAGGCCAGGCGCCUCUAUCAGGAGGCUGUGGGACUUCACCCCAGGAAUAUGCACAUACGAUUAUCACUGGCUCAGGUAUUGGCUGUUUUGGGUCAAACCCAUGAGGCUGAAGCUCUGGUCCAAGUGAUUGUAGCCGAGGUUCCAGACUGUAUUGAAUGUUUCCGGCUUCUGUCAGCCAUUCACAGUAAGAGAGAAAACUUUGUAAAGGCCCUGGAAUUGAUUGAUGUUGCUCUGCAGAUGAAAUCAAAUGAUGCAAAACUGUUGUCUGAGCUUCAUUUUACAAGAGGCAACCAACUGAGGGAACUUAACCAACUGGAGGAAGCCUUCCAGAGUUAUAAGCAAGUGGCUGAACUAAAUCCUAACCAAGCUCAGGCCUGGAUGAAUAUGGGAGGAAUCAGACACAUGCAGGGUGACUACACGUCUGCUCGGGCCUUUUAUCAGAAGGCAGCUGUUCUGGACCCAGACAGUAAGUUGCUGAAAGAAAAUCUGGCCAAGCUACAGCGGAUAGAAAAUAGAUUGCAAGGAGCAAAGGCAAAAGUUCACUCAAAGGAUAAGCAAAGAGUGUCUUUAAAGUCAGAGACAGAAGAAGACAUUGGAACCAAGAAGACUAAAGUCAGGGCAAAAAAAUAUGUUGAGAAAUCUCAAAGGGCAGAAAGAAGAUCACCUGAAGAAUUGUGAAAAGCUGGAAAGCCUGGAUGAACUUCUUAAUUAAUGUGCUAGAAUGGCCUCAUGGAGCUCUAAAGAAACGUAGCAGCGAUGUGGUGUACAUCUGGAGAAAGGUUGGUGGUGCAUGAAUGAACUGUGGAGAAAUGUUGAAGGACCCUGGUGGAACUCUGGAGAAAUAUGGCAGGAACUCUGGAGAAGUGUGGAGGAACUUUUUGGAUUUUUUUUAGAAAAAUAGAAAAAUGGUGAGAGCUAGACCGACGUUUGGAGAAAUAUAUAUGAAGCUUGAAGGAUUAAUACUAAAUGAUGACCAACCUAAAAGUCUUGUUGAGUGGACUGUACCAAACAGACACUCUAGGACUGAGGGGGUACCUACUGGAGAUCACAAUCCAAAAAAAAAGAAAAAUGUUGACAAAACAUGCAUUAUGGUAUCAAAACUAUGUUUGUUGCCUGUACAGUGAACUUCCUAAUGUUUAGCGAUCUAUGAUAGUGUCUAAAAAUCAAAAAUCUUUGCAGUCAGGUAUCAAGCGCAGUUGAAUCACAUCUAGGGUUUGCAUAUCAGAGAUUCCAAGGAUCUGGGCAUAUCUAUAUCUUUGAACCAAAGCCUGGAUUCAUUUGUUCGUAUUUUUUUAGGCACAUAUCAAACCAAUGAUGGACAAAAUGCACAAAUUUAAAAUAUAUAGUAGUAUAUUAUCAUGUAAAUAUUGGGAGAGAUAUCAUAAAAGAAACAGGCUAUGAAACAUAUAUCCAGAUAUUAAGGAAUUAUCAAAUUGGGUUAUCUCAGCUGGCACAUCGGUUUUAUGGUGUUUUCUUGGAGGGUUGACUAUAGUCCUUUCUCCAGAUGGAGCAAGAUGGUGCUCCUACCUCCCUUCUUCACCCAGCACCAGAUCCAUGUGGAGCCUCCAGGUGCCACCUACUAUAUGUUAAAACAAUGUGGUGGCUUUUGGUGGGUCUAACACCUGCUUAGGUGAGAAAUCACAUAUAUCAGAGCUGCCCAACCGUACUAUUCCCAGCACAAACUGAUUUUGGGUCCCACAAAACUUGUUUUGCUCCAGGCCUCACCACAGCCAAAGAAAGUCCUGCCAGCAGACCUACCUGUAAUAAUGACCGCCCCGACUGUACCUUGUUGUGACUUUUUAUUCCUAUGGGUGGUCUAGAGACGGGGGAUUCCAGCCUUUCUGCUCUAAGGGUUUACUCAUUAUAACAGUAAGGCGAUGGUCCAUCUCAAGAAAUGUGCUAACAUACAUACACACAUGGAGCUGGCGUGCAACUGAACUUGAUGGUCGAUUUCCAUGUCAGAACGUUGCCUGUGCUGGGUAAUGUAUACACAGAGACAUCUGCUCUUGAUCAUGGUGUUUGAACAGGCACGUGCAAUUGGCAGCAUGGCAAAGCUCUCCCCUGUAACCCUAUAGCCCAACUGUAUACUUGCCUAUUUGCUUCUAAUGCAUAAAUUCCACAGCCCUCUGAUUCUUUGUAAGGGGGGGGGUGGUGACACUGGGAAUUUAGGAAUGUUUAUAUUAUUUGUUCAUUUAUAUUGGGAGAGGUUUUUAGUCAGAGAUUUUGGGUUAUCUCAGUCUGUUACCCUCUGUCCUUUAGCAAAGCAGGGGCUGUUGGGAUGGAUAAAUAGCCUGGAAGGAAAAAUCGCUGGUAAAGUAAACAUUUCCCUAAUGAAAUGUGCAUUAAUAUUCAUAUGAUAAAUGUUAUUCGCUGCAAACAUUUUAUCAAAUCUAUAUAUAUAUAUAUAUAUAUAUAUAUAUAUAUAUAUAUAUAUAUAUAUAUAUAUAUAUAUAUAUAAAUCUCAUGAUUAAAUUCUAUUUAGUAGGGUGCUGAGUUGUGAUAUAGGAGAACAAAGAGGAUUUCAGACCACUGAAUCUCUUCUUGUGAGUUGGAGCCAGUAUCACAUGACAGGAAGAAAGUAGAUAGACCCAUGCACCAAUUUCCUUAAAGAGGUUACCACCUACAGAAAAUUAGUGUACCAUUUUCCCAAAAGAGGUUCCCAACAGUGGCGUAACUAGAUGUUACUGGGCCCCACAGCAAAUUUAUUUUAAGGCCCCCAACAUAUCCAGAGGUUGUCAAGUUUUACCAAUAUAUAUUAAUAUUGCUCAGUAAUUAGGUCCUCAUGGGGACCCUAUACCUCCUGGGCCCACCUGAAGCCGCAGGGUCUGCUUCCUCUGUAGGUACGCCCUUGGUUACCACCUACACAAAUAAAUGUACCAUGUUCCCUAAAGAGAUUCCCACCUACACAAGUAGAUAGACCAUGUGCAUCAUCCUUAAGGAUGUUCCCACCUAGAGCAGUAAGUGUACUAUUUUCCCUAAAGAGGUUCCCACCUACACAAAUAAGUUUAUAGGCCCAUGCCUACCGUCUUCCUUAAGGAGGUUCCCUAUAGCAAAUAAUUAGAUAGACUAGUGAUGGGUGAAUUUGUCCCAUUUUGCUUUGCCAAAAAAUUCUCUAAUUUACCCCAAAAAUUUGUGAAACGUGAAAAAUUUGAGUAAUGCAUUGAAGUCAAUAGGUGUAGAAAUUAUUUUGACGGGCGUAAAUUUUGACGCCAGCGACAAUUUUUAUAUGUGCUCCUAUUUUAUCCAAAUGCAUGAAAGUCAAUGGACGUCUGAAUCAUUUUGACGUGCUACAAUUUUUAUGUGCGUGACUAUUCUGACGGGCGCUAAAUUGUUUUUGACACUGAGAAUUUUCUUGAACUUAUUGAUGGCAAAACUGAGAUAGAUCUGUGUGUACCAUCUUCACUAAGGAGGUUCCCACCUACAGCAAAUAAAUAGAUAGACUUAUGUGUACCAUCUUCCCUAAGGAGCUUCCCACCUAGAGCAAAUAUGUAAUUUUCCCUAUUAUAUUACUAAUAUAAUGAAUCUGAAGCAACAGUGCCACCUGCUGUUCAUUUCAUCUUCUGGACACAGUCAGUAGAAAAUUAAGUUUGUGGGAAUAGGAAAGUCACGUCAUAUUCAUAAAAUAAAAUUAGUGAGCAAAGAAUAGGCAUCUCCUCUAUCAUCCUUUCUCCCUCCUGUGUCUGCCCCCCCCAGAUGACUUUGGUGCUCCAGGUAUGCCUCAACUAAGGUCUUACUUAGGUAGCAGGUGGGCCAACGUUCAAAUGGCAGUGGGGGGCGUGCCAUUGUGGUAUAGUCUGUGAGAAGGAGGAAGCCGGUCUUACUGUUCCUCCAGUUCUGUCCCAUCCUGGCCAAACUCCCUGGUCUCCCUUAGGAGACAGAUUUAGAGUUGGGGGUUAACCUUGAUGGGUGGCAGUACUCCUGCCCCUGGUAUCAUCCGGUUGUUAGCGCUAAUGGCUGACCGAAGGCUCUUUGUGUUAGGUCUACCUGGAGACCCAUGGGUCCAACCUCCUGUGGACAGUAUGCUUGAAAAGCUAGGUCUUCCAGUGACGCCCUCUUUUGUUUGUAAUCACGUGUCCUGCCUCCUGGAGGAUGGAGCUUUAUCCUAUAGGUCUCCUGUGUUUCCCAUAGAUGUAAGAGAAAUUAGUUAGUGAGCAGAGAAGAGUCACCUAAGUUUACAAGAUCCCUUUCUUAGCAACUUUUCAAACGACCGUGGGCAGUCAACAGGUGGUGCUGUUGUUUUAAAGUCAUUAUAUUAGCAGUGUAAAAACUCAUAAUAUCUAGAAAAUGAAAUAAUGUAAAUUGAAGAAAUGCAUAGAAGAGUACUCUAAGCAAUUUAUAUUAUUUUUCUUUUAAUAAUCCAUUCCUGGCUGCAGGUGCCAGCAUGCACUAACAUGUUGUAGCAUUCUGGGAGUCAUAGUUUGACAACAGGUGGUUAACCCAUAGCCCAGCAUCACUGUACAUCCCAUGCUUGAGGCAAUAAAUGGGAAAGUUGGGAAGUUAUUGGUGUGCAGAAAUACUAUUUAUAUUUUUAGUAAACUGCAGAAUAUUUUGGCUUGAUAUUUAUAUAAAUUCCUAUGCACAUGGCAGCUUUGUAUUUCAUUCUGCAUAGCUAACAUAUAACGUAGAUCAGCAACUGGACAUAUUUUUUUUUACAUAUCUAUAUAUUUAUGAAAGAGACCUGUGCAUCUUUAGUGAUUUAUUACUGCAAUGUAAAUAACUGGAUUUACAGUGCUUAAAGGACAAGUAACCCACUAUGAAAAACUUUGGUCAUAUACAGUAGAAAGGUGUAUACAUCAAAUGAUAAAAACUGAUCAAUUCAAGAGGGUCCUGCCCAGUGCCCAAUAGAACUAACAAUCUAAAAUGAGCCAGCACUCCCCAUGGAGGUGUAUAGGCAGUAAAGCCAAAAUAAAGCAAUAGUCACGUGAUCUAUAUUCAUUCCAGAUUUUCAGAGAAAAUAUAUUUUGCUCCUUUUGUAUACAAUGCAUUGAAAAUGAAUGUCUGUCUACAAUUCUGCAUGGAUGUCCUACUCCUCGUGCAAGCACAGCAUUAGGGCUUCGCUUUAUGGCAGUGCUGCCUCAAUGCUAUUCUGUUGGCUGAUCUCCAAGCUAUGCAACGGGCCCUGUUCCGCAAGACACUUGUGUUUGAAAUUAUAAACCUUCUCAGGAACUUGCCGGAGAUAAAAAAAAUAAAAACUCACAACAUGGGAAAAUGUAUUUCUAACACAACUAAUGGAAACCAUUGCGGGUUUGGUGGAAGUUGGCCCGGCGAGCGAAACAGGAGAACGAUGUACUGCUUGGCAGUGCCCGGGAGGUAGAAAUUAAUUAUGCGACUUCAACAGUUGUUGCAUUUUGAGAAGUGCAAAUGUUUGGCCAUCGGAUCUCUGGGAAAACAAAAGAUUUCUGGGAGGAGGGUUUGGGUUGCUGCUGCUGUGGUGAUGUAUAUGAGAUGUGAAUAAGUGUAUGUGAUGCGGUUUGUUAUAUUAAAGGGCCUGAGACCCAGAA